GUUACUGCUGUGGAGCAUAGGAUGUGGAAGCGCCCUUCGAACAGAAUGUUUCUAUAGGAAUCUCCGAGACAAAGAAUCCCAAGAAUCCACUGAAGUACUUGUUUAGCGGCUCCACAUCGCUGGGUUUUGGGAUGGAGAAGGCGCGAUAGUCUUGGUCUACACAAUAAACAGCAGAGUAAGGGGCUCGGCAGCACUGCCAGGGUGACCCGCCCCACGGACGGGACUGGAGCCGCCGUGUGCGGGGCGUCCUUCUCUCCGGACACUUGCGCCCCACUCUGCAAACAGUAUGAUGGCGGCGGACAGGCUGAAGCGCCCGGCUGAGGUUGGUGUGACCUUUGCAGACAUUGCCCUGUACUUCUCCAGGAAAGAAUGGUGCCUCCUUGAUGAGGAUCAGAGACACCUGUACCUGGAUGUGAUGCUGGAGAACUUUGAACUUGUAUCCUCCCUGGGUUUGGGUUUACUUUCUUGGCAUUUUCUGAGGCGCAAGGGUUGCUGCUGUGGAGCAGAGGAUGUGGAAGUACCAGCUGAACAAAACGUUUCCGUUGGAGUGUCUCAGGCAAAGAAUUACAAGGUGGCUUUAUCUUCCCAGAAGAACCAUCCCUGUGAGAGUUGUGGACCCAUCUUGAGACAUAUUUUCUACUUGUUUGACCAUCAGGAAACACAAUACAACCAGAAACCGUUGAGGUGUGGGGCAUGUGCACAACAAUUUUAUUUCAGUGGAAAGUGUGACCAGCAGCAAGAACACCAUGUUGGAGAGAAGCCUUUCAUAAGAGGUAUGGACAAGAACCUACUUGCGAAGGGUUGCGAUUUCAGUGUUUUCCAGAAGCUUUUAACUUACAGGGAGAUUGGGCAGGACAUCUUAAUCAUGUCAGGACAUGUCCAACAACAGUCUACUCAAACCAGGGAGAAGCCAAAUGAAAUCUCCACAUCUGGAGUCACUAUUCAAAGAAGAAAAAGUGAUUAUACCCAGAGUGAAUGUAAAAAAGCCAUUGGCUGCAACCACACGUUUUUUCAGAACAAGAAUGUUUGUACCGGAAAACAGCAUUUUAUGUGUCGUGAACGUGGAAAAUAUUGUACCAGGAUUUCUGGUUUUUGUUAUCAUCAGAAAGUUCACACUGUAGAGACACCUUACAAAUGCAGUGAAUGUGAGAACUCUCUUAGCAGUAAUACUGGCCUCUGUUUUCAUCAGAGAGUUCACACUGGAGAAAGGCUUCAUGAAUGCAGUGAAUGUGGGAAAUCUUUUACCAGCAGCACUCGUCUCCGUUAUCAUCAGAGAUUUCACACAGGAGAAAGGCCUUAUGAGUGCAGUGAAUGUGGCAAGUCUUUUACCAGAAUCGAUCACCUUCGUUAUCAUCAGAGACGUCACACUGGAGAAAAGCCUUAUGAAUGUGGUGAAUGUGGGAAAUCUUUUACUAGUAAUACUGGCCUUCGUUAUCAUCAGAGAGUCCAUGCUGGAGAAAGGCCUUACAAAUGCAGUGAAUGUGGGAAAUCUUUUACCAGUAGCACUGGCCUCCAUUAUCAUCAGAGAUUGCACACAGGAGAAAGACCUUACGAGUGCAGUGAAUGUGGGAAAUCUUUUACCAGAAUCCAUCACCUUCGUGGUCAUGAGAGAGUUCACACUGGAGAAAGGCCUUAUGAAUGCAGUGAAUGUGGGAAAUCUUUUACCAGUCGAAGUGGUCUCCGUUGUCAUCGGAGAUUUCACACUGGAGAAUGGCCUUAUGAGUGCACUGAAUGUGGGAAAGUUUUUUGCAGUAGCACUGGCUUUCUUUAUCAUCAGAGAUUUCACAGAGGAGAAAGGCCUUACAAGUGUAGUGAAUGUGGGAAAUCUUUUACCAGAAUCCAUCACCUUCGUUGCCAUCAGAGUGUUCACACUGGGAAAAUGCCAUAUGAGUGCAGUGAAUGUGGGAAAUCUUUUAUCAGUCGCAGUGGCCUUGGGUAUCAUCAGAGAUUUCACACUGGAGAAAGGCCUUAUGAGUGCAGUGAAUGUGGGAAAUCUUUUACCAGUAUGCAUAACCUUCGUUGUCAUCAGAGUAUUCACACUGGAAAAAGGCCUUAUGAGUGCAGUGAAUGUGGGAAAUCUUUUAUCAGUCGCAGUGGUCUCGGGUAUCAUCAGAAAUUUCACACUGGAGAAAGACCUUAUGAGUGUAGUGAAUGUGGGAAAUCUUAUACUACGAUCUAUUCCCUUCGUUAUCAUCAGAGAUUUCAUACAGGAGAAAGGUCUUGUGAGUCCAAUGAAUGUAGAUAAUUUUUAAUAGUAGUACCGACUUGUUAUUGUCCACAUUUCACACUGGAGAAAAGCCUUUAGAAUUCAAUGAAAGUGGGAAAUCUUUUACCACAAGCACUGGCCUUCAUUAUCAGAUAUUUCACUCAGGAGAAAGGCCUUGUGAGUACUGUUAAUGUUGGAAAUCAUUUAGCCAAAAUUUUAAUCUUCCUCUCCACAGAAGAUUUUGCAUCGGUAGAAGGUCUUAGAUGUGCCAUAAAUGUACUAUUUUGGUUUAAAAAAAACUUUUUUGGUUUUAAACUAUAGGAAACUCUUUUAAGUUUUGUCUAAAUUGAAUCUGAUAGUCAACAGUAGGGAGAUUCCCCCAUACAUUUGUAUUAUGCAAUAAGCAUGUGUUUCUAUGUUGCACUUUCUAAUUUAUCCAGGUGUCUUGCCAGAUCCAUGUCACUGUGUAUUUCUAUUGCUGGCAUUAUUUCACCUCUACCACCUACAAGAUUCCUACAGAUUACUUUAGUCACCAUCGUAAUGUUCUCACAGAAGGUCAUUGUUCUCUUUGAUUUGUUGGCGAAAAUUAAGGGCUGCCUUAGUGUUUAAGUCUUUAUUCCUUUCACUGUUACUGUUGGCACAUUGACCUGACGUGAUAUUGGCCCAAAGAACAUCAUCUGAGUUCAGCCAUCACCUUUUUCAGGGACAUGCUUUUCCUAGGUAUCAGUGAUAAAUUACUGAGUGUCCAGGUCUCCAGUGCAAGGACUGCCAAGCUCAUCUCCAUUUGAUUUGUAAAACAAUAAAAGCUGUUUUCUAAAUCUUGUUUAA